AGCCUUUUUUUCAACCUUACGAGGAGACGCCCUUGAUUGGUUUCAUCAAUUAGCUCCCAGGUCGAUCAAAGACUUUGAGGAUUUUGCAGGACAACUUACCAUCCAGUAUUUAAGUGUAGUUGCGCAGGAGAAAACAUACCUCACUUUGAUGGCGAUGCAAAAGGUCGAGAAAGAUUCUUUACGUAAGUAUGUUGCUCGAUACAACCAGAUGUGCCUGGAGGUCCCAACGGCAGUCGAUGAGGUGAAAGCGGGAGGAUUAAUCAGGAUUCUACGACCAGGACCGUGCCGAACGUCGUUGGCAAAGACGCCUGCUCGAACGUAUGAUGAGGUGUUGAGGAGAUGUAAGAAGUACAUCAAUUUGGAAGAGACAGAGGCAGAGUUCGCUAAACUCGAAGAGGUGGCGAAGCUUGACCAGAGGAAGAAAAAGCCGAAUUCGCCCAGGAGAGGAUCACCUAGAAGAAAUCCCCCAAAGAAUGGCUCAUCCAAGAGAGCGUCGCCCAGAAGAGAGGGGCGAUUUCACGGAGGGCGAGAGGACCGCUGGCAAGGGCGACCUCGGUUACCCAAUGGUCAACGAUAUAACAAUUUCACUCCUAUUAACGCCCAAAUGGGCGAAGUCCUGGCGGCCAUCAAGGAGAAGCUGGAGAGUAAGGAGGUCACGUGGCCAGCGACGAGAUUUGAGGGGCCGACCAAGCCUAGGUCAGGCAGAUACUGCAGAUUCCAUAGGGAUUAUGGACACAAUACAGAAGAUUGUAUACAUUUGAAAGAUGAGAUUGAGCGCCUCAUAAGGGCAGAACAUUUAAAGGAGUUUGUCAUCCGGGAUCGACCACGAGAAAAGGAUAAAAGGAGGUGCAGGGAGGAUUCGGUAGUGAGGA